AUGUGUCGCUGGGGCUGCUCUGAAAAAAGUAAGGUAUGUCAGGUUAUUAUGCCUUUGAAUGAUUGAGAACCAAAUGCAUGUGAAAGCAUUUUAAAUGAAAAGAUUUCAUUGGAAUGGUCACGACCGGCCGAUUAUAACGUGCACAAGUUAGUCGUCCACAAGUUAGUAUAUAGACGCACAGAUCAAGCCUACAGGUACCUAAAAAACAAACUCUUGCUAGAAAUCAAGAAACGUGGUAUACAGCAACUCAUCUAAGCGAGAUUCGCUUUAAACUGGCUUCCAUCUGAUUACUUCGAUUCAAAUUUACAGAUAUUCAAGUGCAGGUUCUGUGGAACUAAGUAUUGUCAAGCAUGCGGCAGAGGAGAUUUUCAUGGUGUAAUGACGGAUAAAACAGUUUGUCAAGUUUGUUUUCAGGUAUUAUAGAAUUGAACUGGCCUUUUUAGCGUCAAGGAGAUUUCAAUCGGGCUCACUAAACAAAAACACAAAGGACAAAUUCUCCUUUCUAACAUGGCAAAACUUUCACCCUUUAAGCCCUAAGGGUGAUCAGCAUCGAAUUUCUCCUUGCAAUAUCACUACUUUGUAAAACAGAGUGUUCAUGAGAAUUACUGAAAUGAUCACACGAGAUGAAUCAAUGGCUUUAUAUUUUAUCAACUUCUCCCCCCUACUUCUGUAGGAAAUCAACAGGGGCAACAAAUGAGAAUUCAAAUUUUGAUCCUACGGUUUAAGGGGUUAAAAAAUUGGCUUCGUUAAGAGAGGAUAAGGACACCCAAAUUUCUGAAAGCUGUGCCCUUUGUGAAACUUGAAAGGUAUUACACCCGGACAGUUUACUGAAGAGAACAAAGAAAAGUGUUUGCUUAAUUCACUAAAUGACAGAUCGUUUACAAAGCAGGCUCGUUUCAAUUCAUUAGAAGAGAAAUGUGGCAAUCCCUGAAUCACCUUGUGUAACUAGUCUCCAAAUAGAUCUUUUGAGUAGAAUUAGUUCUUAUUGUUUUUGUUUAAUCCUUUAAUUAGCCCAGGAUCAUACUUCGUAAGGUUUUAUGUAAAUUGGUUUGUUCCAAAGGAAACUGCUGUGCUCCAUCAAGAAGAUGAACCAGGGGACCUCCCUAUAAAAUUGACCGGCUUGGGGGUAACAGCUGCAGAGUUUGGUCUCACUUGUGCAUGGUUUUCAGGGGGCAAAGCCAAGAUUUUUUCCAGUGAAAGUCUCGUUAAUAGUAGUGUCUCAAACAGACCUCCUCAAUAGUUCGUCGUAAGUCACUGCCAUGUGACAAGCCAAAAGAACGACUAAAAGGGAGGCUAUUUUUAAGGAUGCUAAGUUAACCAGGGUGUCGAGUAAAGGUGUGUCUUAUUACUUUUUUAAAUGUUGUGUCUUAAUACUUAAUGUCAUCAUUACGAGUUUCAGCCUAAAUGCCAAGGAGAGAGAAUUGGGCAAGACCCAGGAAAAUCUGCUCAGAAGAAAAGAACAGUCAACAAGAAAACAGUCAAAGCUGAAACA